UCUCUCUGCCUUCCAUCAUUGCAUCCCCAUUCUGAAACUCUCUUGCAUUGACUUUUUUCUGUGAGUUAGAUCUUGGAAGAUGGCUGAAGCAAUUCUUGGAGUUGUGCUUGAAAAGUUGACCUCUCUUGCUGUAGAAGAGCUGAGAUCAUUUAUGGGUUUCAAUACAGACUUGGAAAAGCUUCGCGUCAUGCUCACUUCAAUCGAGGCUAUCCUUGAUGAUGCUGCAGAGAAACAGUUCUCAAGCCAAAGAGUAAAGUAUUGGCUGGAGAUGCUAAAAGAUGCAUCUUAUGAGCUGAAUGACAUCUUAGACGAGUGUGCUGAAUUGACCUUGGAGUACCAAGGUAUCAAGUGUGGUUCAUAUCAUGAGGUAUGUUCUUGCUUAUCCUAUUUUCGUCCCAAGCAUGCUGCCUUCCAUUACACCAUUGCUAAGAGAAUGAAAAGUAUAUGUGAGAGAUUAGAUACAAUUGCGGAAGCAAGACACAUGUUUCAGUUAACGGCGAAGCCUCCUAGGAGUGGUGGAGUCUAUGAAAGACUCCAAACCACCUCAGUCAUAGUUGAAAGUCGAGUCUACGGGAGAGAAGAAGAUGAACAAAAUAUUGUAGACUUUUUAAUGGCUAAUGCUGAUGUUCAUACUUCUCGUUCUAAUAACUUAUCAGUCUAUCCAAUUGUAGGACUAGGCGGACUUGGAAAGACAACACUUGCCCGACUCAUUUUCAAUCAUGUAAGUGUAGUCAACCACUUUGAUGCAAGAGUUUGGAUAUGUGUUACUGAAGAUUUUGAUUUAAACAAAAUAACUAAAGCUAUCAUUGGAUCAUUGUCUCUUGAGAUAUGUGAAGAUUUGGAACUAGAGUCACUACUAACAAAAGUUCAAGAUCUGCUCCAAAAUAAAAGGUAUCUACUUGUUUUGGACGACGUGUGUGAUUAUCAACAAGAGAAAUGGUUGAUGUUGAAAUCGGUUUUGGCUUGUGGAGCGAUGGGUGCCUCCAUUUUGAUCACUACUCGUCUUUUAAGGGUUGCUGCAAUGAUGGGAACAGUGUCACCUCAUGAAUUAUCUUAUCUGUCUGACAACGAUUGUUGGAAAUUGUUUAAAGAACAAGCUUUUCAAGCAGGCGAAAUAGAACAGGAGGAGCUUGUAAACAUUGGAAUGGACAUAGUAAAGAAAUGUGGGGGAGUGCCGCUUGCAGCAAAAGUGCUAGGAGCUUUCCUACGUUUCAAUAGGGAAGAAAGUACGUGGACCAAUGUUAAGAAUAGCGACACAUGGAAAUCAUCACAGGGAGAAAACUCUAUAAUGCCUGCCCUGAUAUUAAGUUACUCAAACUUACCACACAAAGUCAGACAAUGUCUUGUUUAUUGUGCAAUCUUUCCCAAAGAUGAAAUAAUUAGGAAGCAAGAUUUAAUUGAACAUUGGAUGGCGAAUGGAUUCAUUCCACCCAAUGAAACAUUAGAUGUUGGUGAUAGUAUGUGGAAUGAAUUAUAUUGGAGAUCAUUUUUUCAGGAUAUUGAGACAGAUGAGUUUAGCCACGUUACAAGUUUCAAGAUACAUAACAUCGUUCAUGAUCUUCUAAAGUUUGCUGCAGAAGAGGUUUGUUGCAUUACAAAUGACAAUGAUGUAACCGUGCCUGAGAGAAUCCACCAUAUCUCGGAGCAUAGCUGGAGGAGUAAAUUAGAUUCAGCCCAGUUUCGGUUCGAAUCUCUGAGGACCUAUUUAUUGCCACCACAAAGGUACAAAACAGGGCAACUUUCUCCCCAGGUAUUGAAAUGUUAUAAUUUACGGGUGCUUCAAUAUGAACCAACGGAAACUUUGUCGUCUUCAAUUAGUCGUUUAAAACAUCUAAGGUACUUGAAUGUUUCUGGGGGUGACUUCGUAACUAUUCCAAAAUCUCUAUGUAGAUUGUGGAAUUUGCAAAUAUUGAAGUUAGACCAUUGUCAUCGUCUCCAAAAGUUGCCUAAAAAUUUGAUAGGUUUGAAAGCUCUACAAAAGCUAUCUUUGAAUGGCUGCAGCUCACUUUCAAGCUUACCACGUCAAAUGGGGAAGUUGACUUCCCUAAGGAAUUUAAGCAUGUACAUAGUUUGCGAGAAAAAAGGGUUUCUUUUGGCAGAAUUGGGACCACUCAAGCUUAAAGGAGAUCUCGACAUCAAGCAUAUGGAGAAAGUGAGAAGUGUUGAAGAUGCCAAAGAGGCCAAGAUGUCAGAAAAGCAACUAAAUCGGUUGUCAUUGUCAUGGGACAACAAUGAAGCGACUGAAUUGCAAGAAAAUGUUGAAGAAAUUCUUCAAGUGCUUGAACCCAGUACCAACCAACUUGCGAGUUUGAGUGUGGUAGGAUAUAAAGGGGCCUGCUUCCCACAAUGGAUGUCUAGUUCUUUUCUCAAAUAUCUAGAACUGGAGGAUUGUAAAAUGUGUUCAAAACUUCCACAGUUGGGGAAAUUACGUUUUUUGAAGAGUCUGAGUAUAUCAAAAAUGACUCCUGUAGAGUACCUAUACGAGGAGGAUUCCUAUGAUGGUGAAGCAGUUUUCAUUGCUCUAGAAUUUCUGUUCCUAAAGGAGCUCUCAAACCUAAAAAGAUUACUGAAGAGGGAGGACGGGGAAAACAUGUUCCCAUUACUUAACAAACUUGAAAUUGCUGAAUGUCCUAACUUGUUGGGUUUGCCCAGUCUUCCAUCUAUCAGGGAUCUACACAUACAGGGGAAGUGCAACCAACAUUUACUAACUUCAGUUAAGAAACUAAGUAGUCUUCAAGACUUGUGGUUGGAAGAUAACGAAGAGUUAAGAUUUUUUCCAGAUGGGAUGUUCCAAGGGCUUACUUCUCUGAAAGAACUAUAUUUUCACAGGCUCUUCAAACUCGAGAUAUUCCCAACCAAACUGCCAGAUUCUCUUGAGAAAUUAGAAUUUGUGGGGUGUCAUAAGUUCGUGUCUGCAGGUUUGCAUGAGGCUUUACAAAAUGUGACUGCACUGCACUCCUUAAAAUUUGAGCAUCUUCCGAACCUAGCUUCUUUGCCUGACUGCUUUCAAAAACUUGCGUUGCUUCGCGAAUUGACUCUGUAUAACUGUUCAAAAUUGAAGUGCCUUCCAGCCAGCCUAAAGUUUUGCGCUCUGAAAAGAUUGGAUAUUCAAGGUUGCCCGGAGUUAGAGAAACGAUGUCAAGAAUACACGGGAGAGGACUGGCCAAUCAUAUCUACCAUCCCCAAUAUCAGAGUUAUUCCAAUGCGGAGAUGAAUAUUAUGAUUCCAGUGCAGUUCUUUCCGCUAUAUCAAGCUCUCCUGCGGCCAUUGUGGUAAAGAAAUACUUUCUAUAUCAAGAAUCGCUAAACAACAGAACAAAUAUCUGAAUGUGAUUAUAACACAGACCAAGGUACUAUUACACAUAGAAAAGUCUUAUAUUUUUUAGCUUUGAUCUUUGUAUUUGAUUCAGUUACUAACAAAUAGUUGUUGUUUAUGUCUUUUGACACUAACAUAGGAACACUCUAAUCUUUUGCUGUGUUUGCUUCUGAAAAAUGUUGAAGAAAAGCUUUUUUAAUCUCCCUUUAGCCAAUGAAGUGUGUUUCUACAUACCUGGUGCCUUCUUAUUCAGCACGGGUAGUUUCUUCAUCGGUUGUCUUCAGUGCUUGCCUAUGCCACAAACAGUCUAAUUGUGCAUAUUUUGGGAUUUGGUCAGAAACAUCUCCAAAAGCAUUUCAUAUAUUCUAAAAAUUCUGUUCCAAAAAUCUCGUUUAAAAAGCCUUACUCCUGAAAUUUUGGAAAACUGUUACGGAAAAGUUUUAGGAUAUUUAAUCCAAAAACAAUGAUAUUUUGACUACUAAAUAUUGACAACUUUUUCUUAUAACAUGAGGUGUUAUCUUCUAAGUGAUUUUUAAAUAUUGAAAAUGAGAUAAGGAGAAAUACCACUUAGAAGAUGAUACCUAAGGUUGUGAGAGAAAGUUGUCAAAAUUUAGUAGUCAAUAAAUCAUUUUCCUUAAUUCAAAAGUUACCCUUACAGAAAGAAAACGGGUAUUUUGAAGAUUUAGGGUGUGCAAAAAAAUUAUGGAGGUGCAGAAAAUAAAAGCUUAAUAUUUUUCUUGGACACAGCCCAUUCUUUUCAAAAUAUAAAAGUACAUAAAGUUCAUUUAGAAGCUAAGCAUUUAAUCGAAAGGUUAAGAUGUGUUCCAAGACACCUACAACCACUUUUAUAAACUUGGUAAAUUCCUUUACAGUGUGAAUAGAUAUGAUUUUCUGGAUAUAAUUUUUUUAAAAUAAAUUGAAAUUUUAAAAAUAAUUAGAGUAAUUUAAUUGUUUUAAAUGAGAAUUUCAAAUACUAUUUAAAACUUGUGAAUUUAAAUAUGUCUAUUUUUUUUUUAUAUUCUUUUUGAUUUUAUUGAGGUUAGUACAUCAUAAGUUCAACCGUGUUUUUUCAACAAUGAUAAAGUUGUCAUGUUAAGAUUAUUUUUUUGCUAAUAUAUAAGAAUUAUUUAUUUCUUGAUGUUAAUUAGGAUUAUUUUCUUUAUUAAUAUUAAUAUUGUUUUUCGAUUAAUGUCAAAUAUAAUUUGUUUCCAUUGAUGUUAAUACAGAUUAUUUUUAGUUGAUAUAAGUUGAAAUUGUUUUUUAACCAAUGUUCAUGUAGCCAGUUUUUCUUUUUUUAACUAACGUCGAUAAUACUAUCUUUCAUGGAUAAACCAUUGUGUAUUAGUUAACUUCGAUAGGACUAUUUUUGUGGUUGACAUUAUUGAUAUUAUUUAUCUACUGAUGUAAAAUCAAAGUUAUUUCUUGAUUUAAAUUUGUUAGAAUUUUCUCUAUUAGUGCUGAUGAGACUUUUCUUUUUUUAUAGAUGCUCGCAAGAAUCUUUUCAUUGAAUUAUUUAGGUUACUUUUGUUUAUGCAUGCAAUAAUUGUUUCUUUAUUGAUGUUUCUAAUGCUAUUUGGUAUAUUUGAUAGCAAAGUUUGUAUUUGGUGAUGGUUGAUGUUCUUACCCGGCGUGAUGUAUGCUCUUAGAACAAGAAAAGAUCGGAGAAGAUCCAUUGGAGGCCAAAACACGUGAAAAAUCCACCUAUAAAUGACUCUCCAACUUUCAAAGUUUAGAAAAAAUGAUUUUAACUUAUUAUUUUCAAGGUAAGUAUUGUAUGGACAUGUGUAUUUAUAAUACUUCUAUGGGUCUUAGACUUA